AUUGCUUUUACUCGGAUCUCGAGGGCGCGGGCCAGCUUUAGGGUGUGCAGAUUGCUGGCCAGGAUACCACCACUUGUGAGCUCAACCGUCUCUUCAGCAACCCGACGGUGGCAGCGGCUUCUGACAGGGCCAUCCAGGGCUUGGAGCCCAUUGUCAAGAACGCGGACAAUCCGCCCCAGGCCUUCCCGAACCCAUGGAUCGGAGCGUCACAGGCGGAUUUCGUGGAGUUCAUGCGCUCGUACUUUCUCAUGCUCCCCGAACCGACUGGCAAGGACAACGGGUUUUCGUACAUCCUCAAGAUGAACUUCCUCCAGCGCCGCAACCAGGCGUCGAUUGAUCUCUUCAACAAGUUCAAAAGCCAGACGCCUCCGGCGACCACGGCCACCACAGAGUUCUUCGAUUGGACGUACAAGUGGGUCACUCUGAGGGGCAUGUAUAUGGACUCGAAAGCCUCCCUUGAUACGGUUGCGCGGUGGGUGGAGUACGUCAACGACCCUGCUCAGGCCGACAACGUCCGGGGGAACAUGUCUGCCUACGAGGGCUACGAUCCCGACGACCCCCCCGGCUACGGCUACAAUUCCUUUAACCAGUACUUCUCGAGGAUCUUCAAAGAUUACAACAAGAGCAGGCCCAUCAGUCAGCCAGAGGACAAAAUGGUGGUUACAGCCCCAGGGGACGUGUUGAUCAAUUUUAUCAUCAAUUAUCUCACGAACCAGACCAGGCUGCCCGUGAAGGGGAGCGACUUCAAUGUCAAGGAGCUGCUGAACGGCUCCGCGCUGGCCUCGAAGUUCAUCGGUGGUACUGCGGUCUCCAACGUGCUCGAGCCUUACGCUUGCCACAAUUUCCACGCCCCCGUGGACGGGCGCCUCGUUGAAGCGGUGGACGUGCCAGGUUUUUUCUUCGGCAUCCCGGACGGCAUGCGGUGGUUUGGCAGCGACAACACUGGCAGCUCGGACACGGACUUCGGGGUGUUCUCGGGCUUCCACCGCCUCGUAUUAAUCUACGACACCGGCCCGUAUGGAUUGGUGGCGCAGGUGGCGGUCGGCUUGGCGGACGUGAACACCAUCUGCCCCACGGUGAAUGCUGAGAUGCCUUCGGUGCCUCCUGGCUCUUGCAGCGGCGCUUCGUGCCCCGAGGUCAGAAAGGGCGAACGCUUGGGGUUCUUUCUAUACGGCGGGUCGCUGAACAUCCUCCUCUUCCAGCCUGGCGUGUUCGCUUCCCAGGACCUCCUCAUGGGCAACCGCCUCGGCAGCAUGAGCGCCAUAUUAUAGCCUCCCCCGCCCUGAGCGUCAUCAAGCUAAUGCGCAGCUGGAGUACCCGUGAGGUCAAGCGGCACGGGAGAGGUUGAGGGGGGGCAAGCCAGAUCCGAGGAGGUUUGUCCACCGCCGAGCUGAGGCGCCACUGUUCUCGCACUGCGCCUUUUGAGGUCGCGGGAGGGGCGGCCAGCCGCAUCGGUCAGCUGGCCUGCCCGCCCCGCGUGCUCCGACCUUUCGGAGCCACUCAUGCUAUGAUUUGAAGUCCCCACCUUCCCCCUUCCUCCUCCUCCUCCUCCUCCGCCUCCUCCUCCCCUCUUUUCCGAGCCCUCCUUCCUUCUUCUCCACCUCUUCCUCCUUCCGUCAGUCUUGCGCCUCGCAUGCCAAGUUGACUGGUCUGAGCAUUGCUUGGUCCGAGCGUGGCCUCGGCAUUGGCAUUGGCUAAGCCCUCACCAGGUGCUGCCAUUCUGGCUGGCCAGCCUUGCCCGCCACCUCCCCUCCCCUCCCCUCAUUGCGCCGUUGCCAAGCAUAUGAUCUUUUUCCUGCAGUCGAGCUUGCACGACGUGGUCGUGUAUCGUGGCGCAGUCGAGCCGAGUCAAACAUGGUGCCGUGCUUCCUGGAGCAGGCGGAGGAGCA